AGAACAUGCUAUGACAUGGGAGAAGUCAAAAGAAUCAUCCUCCUGUACUCUCUGUGCUGCUGCUAUCUGAUCCCACAAUGUCUUUGCACAGGACGUCACGCUCAGUCUGUGAGAUUUUCAUCUCAAGUUGGUAUUCAUGGGGAGCAGCAGUUCAUGUGCCCUCAGAUCAAUGUCGGGGAGGAUCGUUUCCCAGGAUUUUACAUCAUGUCCCAGUUCCACAUUGCAGAGCUGGCAAGAAGAGGGACAGUUAAACAGGUCCCUGGAUCAUCUCCUCGGCAUGUUGCCUAUCAAAUAGGCCCAGCGUUUAACUUCAGGAUCAACACAAGAUCAGCGUACCCCCUGGGACUUCCGGAGGAGUUUGCCUUUGUGUCCGUGCUGCGAAUGAGUGGCAGCACCAUCGAUAAGAAGUGGAAUAUCUGGCAGAUGCAGGAUGUGAACGGUAACGAGCAGCUGUCCGUCAGACUCAACGGGGAGUCCAAGGCUCUGGAGUUUACCUUCCCGCUGCAGGGCAGCAGGAGGCAGACUGUCGUUUUCAGCGACGCGUCUUCUCUCUUCAACGACCAAUGGCACACAGUCCUGCUCAACGUCAGCGCGCGCUCCGUCACCCUGUUUGUGGACUGCGUCAUGGUCGGUUCUCAAACUGUGCAGCCGCGACAAAAAGUCAGACUGGAUGGCUUCACGUUGAUUGGGAAGCUCAAGGACAACCCAGUGGUGCCAGUUCCGUUUGAACUCCAGUCGAUGAUUAUUCACUGUGACGUGACGCGAGCCCGGGAAGGCGUUUGUCAUGAUCUCCCAGCCAGGACAUCGCUGAAGCAGAUUCAGUUGGGUUUGUUUUGUCGGGGGCUCCUUCAGCCCAACAAAUCCCAGAGAAAGGACUACUCUAAAACCUUUCCUGCUCCACGGGUGGAGAUCAUGGCUCAGGCCCCCAGUGUUAGAGGGCCACUGCUGGUUCUGCUCCUGCAGCUUGUCCUUAUCUGCUCCGCUCAAAGGAGUCAAGGACCUGCUGGCCCUCCUGGACCUGCAGGUGUCCCGGGAAUUGAUGGCGUUGCUGGGGAAAGAGGAGACGAUGGCGAGGAGGGUCUUACUGGGCCUGAUGGAGAUGCGGGUAAACCGGGCUCUUCGGGACUACCUGGAAUUCCCGGUAACGAUGGUCUGACCGGCCCUAUUGGAGACCCCGGGCCCGACGGCCCCCUCGGACAGAAAGGGGAACCUGGAAAAUCUGGACCUCGUGGAGCAGCUGGUGUUGGGCAAGAUGGACCCCCGGGACCACCCGGGCCUGGAGGACUUACAGGAGAAGUUGGAAAAGGUGGACCACCUGGGGCCAUGGGUGUCAGAGGACCACAAGGACCUCGUGGAACAACAGGACCCCGAGGUGCAGCUGGAAUGCAGGGCAGUGCCGACCUGUGUACAAACUCAUGUCCACCUGGGACUUCUGGGCAUCCUGGCCUUCCUGGCAUGAAGGGCCACAAAGGUGUAAAAGGUGAAGCAGGGGAACCUGGGAAACAAGGGCACAAGGGCGAGGAGGGAGACCAGGGAAGUCCAGGGGAGGUCGGAUCCCAGGGACCAAUGGGUCCUCAGGGAAUACGUGGAGCCACAGGAAUGAUGGGUUCCAAAGGAGAGAUGGGAGCUCGAGGUCUGGACGGAGAGCCUGGUCCCCAGGGUGUUGCCGGGGCGACUGGAGAUCAAGGCCAGAGGGGCGUGAUGGGUGAGCCGGGGCCUAAAGGUGAACUGGGCGUUCUAGGGGCAAGAGGAAUCACCGGUCUGCCAGGUCCCAAGGGAGACGCUGGGUUGCCGGGUGUGGAUGGUCGUGAGGGUAUUCCUGGGAUGCCGGGAGCAAAGGGAGGCAUUGGGAAGGCAGGCGUUCCUGGAGAGGUUGGACUUCAGGGGCUUCCUGGUUUGCCUGGUUCACCCGGACCGAAAGGCUUGAGCGGCUCUAAGGGAGAUGCUGGUCAGUUGGGCUUUUCUGGAACAAUGGGAUCUGCCGGCAAAACAGGUGAGCGUGGAGAGCAGGGAGAGGUGGGACCGGUGGGACCCAUCGGUGAAUCUGGAGAUAUUGGAGUGAGAGGCCCCUUAGGUCCAGCCGGAAAGCCAGGUGCAAGGGGACCUAAAGGUGACCCCGGCCUGCCUGGUCUCCCUGGUCCUCAUGGUCUGCCCGGGAUGAAAGGAGAGCGGGGAGAGCGUGGAGAAGCAGGACCUAGAGGAGAGCAGGGAGUUCAAGGUGAUGAAGGAAAUCCUGGCGACAAAGGGGAAUUUGGUGAGACCGGAGAAGCUGGAGCUAAAGGAGAGGGCGGUAACCCUGGAGAGCCUGGUAGACGGGGCCCGGAGGGAAGUCGAGGGCAGCCUGGCAUCGAGGGGCCGCCCGGCUCACCUGGACCACGGGGCAUGCAGGGGAACAGGGGAGCAACCGGAGUCAGAGGGACCCAGGGUCCCGCGGGAAAAGAGCCGAGCGAUCAACACAUCAAACAAGUUUGCAUGCGAGUCAUGCAAGAACAGCUGGCUCAGUUAGCUGCUAGUUUAAGGAGACCCGAGUCUGGCGUGGCUGGUUUACCUGGAAAACCUGGACUUCCAGGACCUCCGGGGUCACCGGGAGACAAUGGCUUCCCUGGGCAGUCUGGAAUAAGAGGACUCCCAGGACUCAAGGGGCCGCCAGGAGCUUUGGGGGUGAAAGGACCCAAAGGUGAAUUGGGAGACAGAGGUUCCAGAGGGCCCACUGCACGAGGACCUAAAGGUCAGCCAGGAGCUCCUGGACUUCCUGGUGAGCCGGGCAAACCGGGCUACGGUCAGGACGGUCGGGACGGACAGAGGGGACCCCCAGGUACUCACGGGCUGCCAGGUGUACCCGGUCCUCCCGGAUCAGCUGGUCCUAAUGGUUACUGCGACCCGUCAGCCUGCAACCUCCAGGCAGGAGCCGCCCACCAGUCUCUGGAUGUGAAGGGACCUGCAGGGAACUAGGAGACACUGUGGCAGAGACAGACAGACUGUUUGAUUUAGCUCCCCCGCCGAGCACACAACAUUUUUUCACACCGUCUUCCAAAGGGCUGCUGGUUGCUGCGGUGUCUCCAAUCCAUUAACCUCUAGUCCUGUGAGCAUGUUUUUGUGCAAGCCGCACGUCCAUCAGAAGGAGCCAGCAUCUUCGAGUUUUGGAAAAACACAAAACAUUGUGCUUUUAUACGCUGCAAAACUCUAGCUGGUUCCAGUGUGUUUUUCUUACCUGAGAGAUGUUUGAUACUUUCAAGAGAGUCCGCUUCCUGUUUUUAAGACAAUAAGAAAUGACCAGAAAUGUUUUAUUUAUCACACCCUCAUGUUCCUCUGUCUGCAUUUCUUCUCAUGUUCUCCUCCCAAACUGUUUUCUUAAUUUAAAACUCCAAAAAAGACAUUUACAAUAAUCACUCAGAGUAAAUCAGAGUCGUUAAAGGACUUUUUAAAUUGAUCUUGCUAACGUACCAAAGAUAAACCUGAUGACACCUCACUUUGUUUUGAUUGUUUUUGUACAUGUCAACACGCCCAGCAAUUCAAAAUAGAAA